UGUCGCUUCCUGUCCGAGCCCAGGUCACCGCUGCCCCCGGUGCCCCAGCUUCGGCCUCUGUUGGGCGAGGAUCCCGGGGCCGGCGGGGCCGGGCGCUGUCCGGUCGGGCCGCCACCCAGCGGGCGCGGGGCUGUGCGCUCAAGAGCGUGCGCGCGCGGGCGGAGUGUGGAGCGGGGACCCGGGAGGCGACCCCGGAGCCCGCGGGCCAGGCCCGAGGAGCUGGGCGGCGGCGGCGGCGGCGGCGGCGGGGUCGGGCUGGGCCCGUCUGCAUCGCGGCGGCCCGGCCGAGGCGCGCGGAGCGGUGAGGCCCGGGAGGGACGUCCUCCUGAGUCUGCCUCUGGUUUCACAGUCCUCGUUUUUCCAAGAGCAGCAGAAGAUGGAUAAAUCUCUGGAGCCAGUGUCAUUCAGGGACGUGGCUGUGGACUUCACCCAGGAGGAGUGGCAGCAGCUGGGCCCGGAGCAGAAGACCACCUACAGGGACGUGAUGCUGGAGAACUACAGCCACCUCGUCUCCGUGGGGUGUCACCUUGUCAAACCGGAAGUUAUCAUCAAGCUGGAGCAAGGAGAAGAGCCCUGGAGAGUAGAAGAAGUCCUACUUCACAGUCGCCCAGCAGUCUGGAAAGUUGACCUGAUAGAGAGAGUCCAGGAAAGUGAAGACAAACAUUCCAGGCAAACUCUAUCCAUCAGCAACAAAACCCUGAUUGAAGAGAGAGCUGAUGUUCUUGGUAAGACUUUUAAUGUGGAAAUAAACCCUUUUCCUUCAAGAAAAACAUCCUAUAAAUGUGACUCAUGUGAAAAGAGCUUAAAAUCCACUUCAGAAUAUAUUAGUAGUGACGGAAGCUAUGCAAGAAUGAAGCCUGAUGAAUGUAGUGCCUGUGGGAAAUCGCUUCUCCAUGUGAAGCUUGAGAAAACUCACCCAGGGGAGAAAUCUUAUGAAUUUAAUCAAAAUGGGGAAGCUUAUACUCAAAAUAAAGAAAGUGUUUAUCAGAACGUUCAUAUUCUGGAGAAACCCUUUGACUAUAUUGAAUGCCAGAAAGCCUUUCGGAAGGAUGCAGUUUUUGUCAAUCCCAUGGAGAAGCCCUGUAAGUGGGAUGAAUCUGAAAUAGCCUUUCUCCAGAUGUCAGACCUCAGUGUACAUCCAACAUCUCCUAUGGAAAUGAAACCCUAUGAAUGCAACGCAUGUGGGAAAUCCUUCUGUAAGAAGUCAAAAUUCAUUAUACAUCAGAGGACUCACACAGGAGAGAAACCUUAUGCAUGUAAUCAGUGUGGGAAAUCCUUCUGCCAAAAGGGAACCCUCACUGUACAUCAGAGAACACACACAGGGGAGAAGCCCUAUGAAUGUAAGGAAUGUGGGAAAACUUUCUACCAGAAGUUACACCUCAUUCAGCAUCAGAGAACUCACUCAGGAGAGAAGCCCUAUGAAUGUAGUUAUUGUGGAAAAUCAUUUUGCCAGAAGACGCACCUCACCCAACACCAGAGAACACAUUCAGGAGAGAGACCCUAUGUUUGUCAUGACUGUGGAAAAACCUUCUCCCAGAAGUCAGCACUUAAUGACCAUCAUAAAAUUCACACAGGCGUGAAACUCUAUAAGUGUAAUGAAUGUGGGAAAUGCUUCUGCCGCAAGUCUACCCUCACAACACAUCAGAGGACACACACAGGAGAGAAACCCUAUGAAUGUAAUGAAUGUGGAAAAUUUUUCUCUCGGUUAUCAUAUCUCACUGUACAUUAUAGGACUCAUUCAGGAGAGAAACCCUAUGAAUGUAAUGAAUGUGGGAAAACCUUCUACCUGAAUUCAGCCCUCAUGAGACAUCAGAGAGUACACACCGGAGAGAAACCCUAUGAAUGUAAUGAAUGUGGAAAAUUAUUCUCCCAGUUGUCAUACCUCACUAUACAUCAUAGAACUCAUUCAGGAGUGAAACCUUAUGAAUGUAAUGAAUGUGGGAAAACCUUCUACCAGAAUUCAGCCCUUUGCAGACAUCGAAGAAUACAUAAAGGGGAGAAGCCCUAUGAAUGUUAUAUAUGUGGGAAAUUUUUCUCUCAGAUGUCAUACCUCACGAUACAUCAUAGAAUCCAUUCAGGAGAGAAACCUUACGAAUGUAAUGAAUGUGGGAAAACCUUUUGUCAGAAUUCAGCCCUUAAUCGACAUCAGAGAACGCACACUGGAGAGAAAGCCUAUGAGUGUUACGAAUGUGGAAAAUGCUUCUCUCAGAUGUCAUAUCUCACCAUACAUCACAGAAUUCAUUCUGGAGAGAAACCCUUUGAAUGUAAUGAAUGUGGAAAGGCCUUCUCUCGAAUGUCAUAUCUUACUGUACAUUACAGAACUCAUUCAGGAGAGAAACCCUAUGAAUGUAGCGAAUGUGGGAAAAAAUUCUACCACAAAUCAGCCUUCAACAGCCAUCAGAGGAUCCAUAGGCGAGGGAAUAUGAAUGUGCUUGAUGUGGGAAGGCUUCUCUGAAGUCAGACCUCAUUUUACAUCAGAGAACCUUUCAGUGUAAUGUUAACUCCUACCUUUGUUAAGUCAGAGUUCACACAGGGGACAGUGGACCCACCUCUGUGCAUUACUCAAACUUGUAAUCUGAGAAUUCACAGGGUGGAAACCACAACUACAACAAGACACGCGACUUGUGGGAUACCAGACUGUAAAAUGUGUGAACACAUAGAAUGUCCAUACACUUCCAUGGAGUCAGGCUGUUUCACAUAUCAGGGAAUUCAUUCCAAGGGGAGAUCUGUCAUUUUACAGAAUGUGGAAAACACUCCUCUGGAAAUUACUAAUAUUAAAAGUUAUGUUUCUGUUAUAAUAUCAAGUUUUUUGUAAUAUACAUAAUGUGAAUAAAUGUACUCCUUGUAUGAAUAGAAGCUAUAAGACUAGAUAGCUGAUCAGGACCACAAUACAGCCACAUUAGACUCAUACAUGAGUGUGUCCUGAGCAUACAGGCCUUUGUUAACUUGCUUUUUAGAAUGGUACAUUACAGGGACUAUGUUCAUUUGGAAUCAUGUUUGAAAAGGCAGAGUAUCCUAAUUGGAAUAAUUUGUAAGACAUAUGUAAGAUUAGCUAUUUUGAUAGUACAGCCAUGUUAGUACUUAGUAUGCAUUGCCACUGAGCUAGUAUUUGGUAUAUAGAAAGUAUGUUUCUUCUUGUACGCUUCCCUAGCACUUACAGAUGUAUUUGAUUAUUGUUAAUGAACUAAAUAACUAAACACUGCCAUAAUGAAGUGUUUUAUAAUGUUCACAACUAUAUCUGAGUCAGCAAGAGACAGAAAAUGAUGUAUAAAAUAGAUAGAAAACUGCAUAGGUAAUUUUAAAUUGUUAAUGCCAGAAGUCUCCAGUAGUGAGAAAAAAAAAAAACUAGUAUUCAUUGAACGCUAUACAUUUUAAAACUGAACUUAAGAUAUUCCUGUUUUUAUCUAAUUUUGAUCUAUUUUUAUUUGGAUGCCUACACAAAUGUCAAUGUGUAAACCACCAUACUAUAUAACUUAGGAAUUAUGUGUAUUUUAUUUGAUAUGAUAGCAUUUUUAAACAUUGUGCUCUACUCCUUCCUGUUCCUGAGUGAUUGAAGAACAUGUUCACGUGGGUUUGGGGCAGACAUUGCUGAGUAACCACCCUUGCCACUUGCUCCUUACUGUUUGCUGGCAGAGUUUGGGUAUCCAUUUCUCCUUAUGGAACGGGGAUAAAUCCUGAUCAGUUUCAACCAGUAAUGCUAAUCCCUUUCUCAUUACCAGAAAUGGGGUGGUCUUGGGACCCAAUUUUAGACACAUAUACAAAGGAGAUACCUGACACAUUAUUUUUGGAAAAGGUUUCCUCAAAUAUUCAAGGAGUCCUGCGGGUGACGUGGAAGCUUGCAUUGAACGUUGCCUUGCUGGGAAG